AUGGUCAAAAUGCUACCACGAUCCACAGUCCUGGGGACCCAAAGCCACCUCCGUGUAAAACCGACCAUCAGGCAAGAAAUACAAAUGAUCAAACAAGGUUACUUCUUUCAGCUGCAAUCAGAUAAUCCUACUAAUCCAAUAGAUUUAUCUCGAUUGGAAAUUGACCUCAAAAAUGAAUUCCCACCGCCGAUGUCCAGUAGAACGAUUUCCGCCGGGCAGCAGACGCGCAGACUAACGGACUGGUCUGACCUUGGACAGGGCCAAUUCCCAGAAAGAGAAGGUGAGUCCAUUGGGCUAGCAGACCCAGAGAGACGGUAUGGACCUGGCCAGCAGCUUCAGAGAUUCCAGUGGUGCCCUUCCAAAGUGAUAAGAAAAGAUGUAGGAUCAAGAGGACAGCCUUGGCAGCAGUGGCUCUUGAACCAACAACAAUGGGUGCAGUCAUUCCAGCACCAGCAGGAUCCAAGCCAGAUUGACUGGGCUGCAUUGGGUCAAGCUUGGAUUGCCCAGAGAGAAGCUUCAGGACAGCAAAGAAUAGUAGAACAACCACUAGGAAUGAUGCCAAAUGGACAAGAUAUGUCUACAAUGGAAUGUGGGCCUAACAAUCAUGGGAAUUUUCAAGGAGAUUCAAACUUUAACAGAAUGUGGCAACCAGAAGGGGGAAUGCAUCAGCAACCCCCACACCUCCCUCCAGAUCAGCCAUGGAUGCCACCAACACCAGGCCCUGUAGAUAUUGUUCUUCCUUCUGAAGACAGCAACAGUCAGGACAGUGGGGAAUUUGCCCUUGAAAUAUUUAACCAGAACAAUCAUAACUUUGGAGAACCACCCGAUAAUUUUUGCAGUGAAGCCAGUGAAUCAGUUUGUUAUCAACAUGGGGCUGCUUUUGGUCCACUGCAAGGUGGAUUUCAUCCUCCUUAUUGGCAACCAGGACCUCAAGGACCUCCAGAGCCUCCCCAGAAUUGAAGAGAAAGGCCACUGUCAUUCAGGGAUCGGCAGCAGUCACCUAUUGCCCUUCCUGUGAAGCAGGAGCCUCCUCAAAUUGAUGCAGUAAAACACAGGACUCUUCCAGCUUGGAUUUGUGAAGGUCUUGAAAAAGUGGAAUGUGAAAAGCAAAAGAAAUUAGAGCAAGAAAGGAUGGACCAACAACAUUCACAAUUGUCCAAAAAGGAAAAGAAGGCCAGAGAAGAUACUGAGGGAGGUGAUGGCCCUCAUUUACCUCAGAGAAGUACAUUUCACAGUGAUGAAGAGGAUGAAGAUCCCGAAAACUUUGAGGCUGCGAGCAGCAGAAAAGUCACCAGAAGUCCAUCUCCAGUUCCUCAGGAAGAGCAGAGUGAACCAGAGAUGACUGAAGAGGAAAAAGAAUAUCAAAUGAUGUUGCUGACAAAAAUGCUUCUGACUGAAAUUCUUCUGAAUGUCACAGAUGAAGAAAUUUAUUAUACAGCCAAAGACACAGAUCAGAAAGCAACAAAAUCUCCUGCAAAACAACUGGCACAGUCCAGUGCACUGGCUUCCCUCACUGAACUCAGUGGACUGGGUGGUUAUGGAUCAGGAGACAGUGAAUAUGAGUGGAGUGACAGAGGCUCUGAGUCACCUGAGAUGACUGAUGAUGAAGAAUUACGGCACCAAAUCCAGCAAAAACAGGAAGCUUUUUGGAGAAAAGAAAAAGAACAGCAGCUACUACACGAUAAAGAGAUGGAAGAAGAAAAGCAACAAUCAGAAAGGGUUACAAAAGAGAAGAAUGAAUUUAUCCACAAAGAGCAAAAUAGCUUAUCACUUCUAGAAGCAAGAGAAGCAGAUGGUGAUGUGGUUAAUGAAAAGAAAAGAACUCCAAAUGAAACGACAUCCAUUUCAGAACCAAAAAAGACCAUAAAGAAAAAGAGAAACAAGGAAGGAGUAGAUCAGGAAGUUCUAGUAGUAGUUACAGUAGCAAUCGCAGAACUAGUAGUACUAGCAGUACUGUCUCCAUUUAUUCUUACAGUUCUAGCUCAGGUAAUGGUCACUUCUCAGUCUUCUAAAAGAAAAAAGAAACGUAGUAGGAGUAAAUCUCCAACAAUUAAAGCUAGGCAUAGCCGAAGUAGAAGCUACUCUCACAGAAUUAAAAUAGAGAGCAGUAGGGCUAGGGUAAAGAUUAGAGACGGGAGGAGAUCUAAUAGAAAUAGCAUUGAAAGAGAAAGAUGA